AUGGCUGGUACUAAGGUCAAGGCUGCUGUUAUUCUCCUGUGUCUUGUUGUGAUCGAGCUGAGCUCCUGCCCAUGUGAUGGGAAGAGGGUACGAAAAGAUGUUUUUAAGAGACUUCGUGAUGCUACGCCGGAGCCAGGCAGAGAGAAUGAAUUCGACAUGGUACAAAGGCCAGUGAGGAACGACUUCAACUAUAUUGAAUUCAUGAGAAAUCGUAAAAAUCAGCACUGA